AUGCUGUUGUUUCUACUACUAUCUGUGGUGUGUAGUGUUCAGGGGAAUAACUUAAUUUCUGAUGCGUUGGAUCCAUCAUGGAACGACCUGUUGGACGCUGGAGGUAUGCACAUUGGACACGGUCGUACAAAGAGAUUUGUUGAACUAAAUCAAAAUCAACCAAAUGUGCCGUACCAGGCUUGCCUUCUGCCAGAUGGGAAGACAGGACAUUGCCGCCACUUACACUAUUGUGUUCAGGAUGAAUUCAAAAGGGAUUUCAUGAAGUUUAUGGACUUCCUUUGUAUCAUACAGCAUUCGGCUAUUGGUGUCUGCUGUCCAGACAGUAUGGCGGAAGGUUCAGCAGACGCGUUGGCUGGUGAUCUUCCUGCUACAGCACCGCGGGAUGAAAAUGAAAUUACCCUGAAGAUCACUCGCGCUGAGAACAGAGGUUGUGGACUCAGUACGCGUGUCCAAGGCCGUGUCACCGGCGCCAGGCCUGCUAACCCACGAGAAUGGCCGUGGAUGGCGUCCAUUACACCUUACGGCUUCGAGCAGUACUGUGGCGGAGCCUUGAUCACAGACAGACAUGUGCUUACAGCAGCACAUUGCACUAGACGAUGGAAGGCUGAAGACCUAUCCGUGCGUCUUGGUGAAUACGACUUCCAAAGAACAAACGACUCCCGCUCAUACAACUUCAAUGUAAUCGACGUUCGCCAGCAUGAACUAUUUGAUUCCUCGAACUAUCAUCACGAUAUUGCUAUUCUGAAACUGCAUAGGCCAACUGUAUUCAACACGUAUGUCUGGCCUAUUUGUCUGCCACCAAGGGGCUUGCAAUUGGACGAUAAAAUUGCUACUGUUAUUGGUUGGGGUACCCAGUUCUACGGCGGUCCAAACAGUGAUGUCCUGAUGGAAGUAUCAGUACCGGUGUGGAAGCACGAGGAAUGCGUCAGAUCUUUCGCGGACUCUGUAUUUCAGGAGACGCUGUGCGCGGGUGGAAAGGAAGGCGGCAAAGAUGCUUGUCAGGGCGAUAGUGGGGGUCCUCUUAUGUACCAAAUGUCAAGCGGUCGUUGGUCAGUUAUAGGAGUCGUGUCUUGGGGCGUUCGAUGUGGUGAACCGAAACACCCCGGUUUGUAUACGAAAGUGGAUGAGUACUUGGAGUGGAUUUUACGUAACACUGUUUUCUAA